AUUCUUAGCAGAAGGUGGCCUGCCUUCGAUGCAGUAGCCGGUGUGCAAGCGGAGGGAAACGUUGAAGGGAUCUGGCAGAGCUGCUCGCACGAACAAGUGCUGUUCUAAUAAUUUCCUGAUUACGAGUGCAAAGAUUAAUACGCAAAACAAGUUUGGCAAAGUGUUCGUAACCAUGACAGCCGGAACGAAACUAAUCGGCAGCCUAGUCCUCUUGAACUUACUUCUCGCGACAUGUUCCCAAGAAGAUCGGGCGUUCAAAAACGAAUGGUCCGGAGAAGUUGUGCGACUGAAGAAGAGUUAUCACCUCCAGCUAUCCAACAACUAUCCGUCUUCAGCUUGGAUAUUCUGGAGAAACGACGGCAAGGAGGAUCAUCCUUACCUCGCAGUCAAACGUUACUCUUUCGACGGCGCACAUUACGGGACCUGCGAGGUGCCGCUGAACUGCUCGACGUACACGUUGUUCUACCUGACGAGCCUCUUCUCGCUGGACAACGACACCGAGGUCUGCUCGCUGAUCAAGUACCAGGGCUCCGAGAUCGAGUACUCGGGCAUCUACGUCAUCAACAUGACAGAUUGCCGGCUGACGAGUGUCGAGUCGGCCCGCGACUAUCACGCCGACUAUCCCAUAUUCGCUUUCGACUACCACAGGAGCGAAUUCGAGGUCUUUCAUCACGCUGACAAACGCAAGCAAAGACUCUGCGACGGCGACGUCUGCAGGCAGAGCUUCGACCUGGCCAGGAGCCACAUGAGCCGACCGGAACCCUUCGAGCUCUCCCGCAGGGACAGACCUCAUCUAUUCUACGUCGAUUCGGUCGGACGUCGCUCCAGCGACGAUGGUUAUUACUUCGUCAUCCAGUACGGCCGGCUGUACUACGGAGGUAUGUACGUCGUCUCGACGAGCUCCAGCGGCGAGUCUCUCGGCUCCCUGGACAUCUACGAAGGCCAAUGCGAGCAGUGCGCCAAGGACGUGAGCUUCGAUCACAACCUGUUCGGCACCUGCUUCGUCGCGGAGAAGCACCCGGCCACGGUCAAGUGUCGCCAGAUAGAUCCGCGCAUGAAGGUCCUGAUGAAUCGCACCUACGACUUUGCCCACAAGGUCCAUCACCUGUCGAUGCACAACGUCCGGGACGGCGGGUAUGUUCUACUGGUCAGAUACUGCGUUAACGAGGACUGCAAAAAGAUCCGGUCCCACGUGACGAAAGCUUCUCUCGACGGGGUCGAUUAUGGAAGACACGUCGAGUUCCGCGUGGAGCAGGAUUCCGACUGCGAGGAGUACCCCUACUUCUCCUACAAGACGACCGUCGGGUUCUUCGAGCAGAACGGAGAAGUCUGCAUGAUGUACAGGUGCUUCAAAAAUCAGGACAAUAAGCUCUAUGCCAGUCACAACGUCGACGUCAUGUGCUUGUAAUCAUCACCCGAAAUCAUGUAGAUUAAAUAAACGAACUAAAGCAGUUGUCUCAGGUACGAAAGAUCAGACAAAAAUGUAUUCAGCUUUUCGAUAAACUAAAGCGGAGUAGAGGGAAGC